AUGAGCGCCCAGGCAUACUACGAGCUCUACCGCGGGAGCAGCAUCGGCCUCUCCCUCACGGACACCCUGGACGAUCUGAUCAAUGAAGGCCGGAUCGAGCCCCAACUCGCCAUGAAAAUCCUCUCCACCUUCGACCGCAUCGUGACCGAGGUGUUGGCGGAUAAGGUGCGCGCAAGGUUGACUUUCAAGGGCCACCUCGACACCUACCGAUUUUGCGAUGAAGUCUGGACCUUCCUGAUCAAGGACGUGACCUUCAAGCUAGACAAUCAGACCACCGUGUCGGCGGAAAAGGUGAAGAUUGUGAGCUGUAACAGCAAGCGGCCUGGGGAGGUUUGAGGAUGUGGUGGCGAGGGGGGAUUUGGUUUUAGGGUUGGUUCGUGAUGCGUUCGGCUGGCUUUUUUGUUUUCUCUUUUUGUCUGCGACAUGGGCGUUAUGCAUUCCCGCAGAGGUUCUUUGUUCUACGGGCGCGGGACAAUGCGAAAUUUGUCUUGCUGGGUUUGGGAUUGGGCGUUACAUAUGGGGUGGGCUUUGUUUAUAAUCGUGGGGGAUGAGAUUGGGGAGGUUGUGGUGUUCUUUGCUCUUGCGAGAGGAUGUGUGGAUCUAGAAGAUUGACUGAAAUAUGAUAC